UAGUCAUUGUCAAUUUGUCAUAGCUUAUCAAAAGUCAAAACAAACACUUUUCAGUUUUCCUUUUCUGGCACAAAUUAAAAUUAACUUUUUAUAGAAAUGAGAUGAGAAUUCAUUUAUGAAUUAUAAUAUCAUGAAACAUGACGAAUAAGGAAUUAUUACAAGAAUAUUCUAAAUCUAUUACCAAACUUAAAAAAGAAAGCGUCGAUGCUGGAAUUACUGAAGAAGAGUUCAAGGAAAUGUAUUAUAAAAGUUUACAUGAUUUAGUAAAAAAUAAUCAUAUUUCUGCGGCCAACAAUCGCCAAUGGUUUAAAACGAAGUUAAUAUGGCUUAUCUGCCUCUCUACAAUAAUAAUAGUAAUUUAUAACUAUAAAUCUAUACAUGCGUGUGUAGUAUGUGAAAUGCAGGAUUAUAUCUAUCCUGGAUUGCGAUUGUUGAGAAAAUUUUCAAUACCAUUCAUUUCAUUAUUCCCCGUAUUAACAGAAUUAUACCAAGAAACAUGUUUGAUACAAAAUCCAUUUUUCACUGUUGUGGACAUGGACUGCUGGCCCUGCAGCACUGUCAACAACGUUGGUGAAGUGUUCAAUCCACAGCCAGUUCAUAAGCAACAGAGUGCCCCAUUUGUUUAUAAGACUGAACAAAAAGAAAUAGAUCUGAAUGAAUUAAAGAAAUUAUACAUGAAAAAUAAAAGUUUGUUUGAUGUUGAAAGCCCAAAAGUUUUGAUAAACAAUAAAUAUUAUUGGUCUCCACAAGAUACAUUUGGUCCAGAUGUUUUGCAGGAAAAUCUUUAUGUAUGGAAGUCUACAAAUUUUAACACAGCUAGAUUAAUAAGGCAAAUUAUCCCAAGGCCAAAAGUUGUGCCAAAAUUUGGUCAAAGCACAGAAAGGUUUAUCAUAAUAGACUCCAAACGUGAUAUGUUCCACAUACCUGAAACAGAGUGCAAUUAUUCCUUUCUUCUUGCACUAAGUGGAAGUAGAAUUAUUUAUCUAAGACCAGCCGAGGAAUGCAAAUAUCAGUGUAAAACACUGAAGGUGGAAUUAAAGCAAUCCUAUUUGUUGUGGUACAACUGGUGGUACUGGAGACCUAUAGCCGAACCGUCAAUCGGCAAUGAGACUUUCAUAGCACACAUUGGCUCUUACUGCUAAGAAAGAUUAUAAAUAAAAGCACUUCAAUGGAAUGUACAAUUAUAUUUUAUAAAUUAUAAUGUACUUACUAUUGUUUAUUAAAAUUAAUACCCAUUCAAAUUGUCUAAAAUAAAUUAACUAGAAAUUAAAUUGAAUUCAUUCAAACUUUUCUCUUAAUCUCUGUUUGAGUAACACAGGGACUAGAGAGAUAAGUGCAAAGAUGGUUAGUAUAGUGAUUGAGGUCCAAGACCAGGCAUCGCUUGUUGAGGUCAACUGGUGAAGAGUUUGACCAGCCUGGAUAGCUACAAAUGAUGGUGGUGCCACUCCUGUAACAAAAAAAAUACCCUUGGAUUGAGAUUUUUUGUUUUAAUCUUUUAAUUAUAAUCAAUUAAUCCAUUCCCCGCCAAUUAGUCGUUACUUGUAAGAAUCUUAUUGGAUUGUCUAUACCUGUUGAGUUCGACUUAUUUAACUGUGUAGA